AUCAUUACCGGUGCCAACACUGGGAUCGGCAAAGAGACGGCACUCCAGCUCUCAUUACGCGGGGCUAAGAUAUACAUCGGGUGUCGGAGUCUAGAAAAGGCGGACGCGGCUGUCGAUGACAUCAGAAAAGUGAACCCAAAGGCAGACAUUACUUCACUUCAAUUGGAUUUGUCUUCAUUCAAAUCCGUGCGACAGUUCGCCAGUCAAGUGAUGGAAAGGGAGGCAAUCGUUGACAUACUUAUCAAUAACGCCGGUAUAUAUCAGUGCCCGGAGUGGGAGACUGUGGACGGCUUUGAGAUGCAGUUCGGGACCAAUCAUUUGGGUCCAUUCCUAUUAACCCUUACAUUACUGCCACUAUUACGGAAAGCCCCGAAAGCACGGGUAGUGAACGUGGCCUCAGGUUUCUACGAAAUCGGCAAAAUAUAUUUCGAUAACAUAAACCUCCGAAACGGUAAAUACGAUCCCCAGACGGCCUACUGUCAGAGCAAACUGGCCAUGGUCAUGUGCACCAGGGAAAUGGCUAAACGGUUGGGCAAUAAGAGUAAUGUAACCGUUUAUGUGUUAAACCCGGGAGUCGUUAAGACUGAGUUACAAAGGCAUCAGAAGUAUAGCGAAACCCUCAUGAAAAUGAUGUUUUUAAGCCCUGAAAUGGGCGCUCAGACCACACUAUACUGCACACUACAGGAGGAACUGGAUGGCGAGUCGGGCUUUUAUUAUGAUAAUUGCAAACGAGUGGACAAACUGGUGAAACAGGCCACUAAUGAGGAGACUACCAAAAUAAUAUUCUGUAAUAUUAUUCUAACAUAUUAUAUAAAUGUAGGUCCAUUUCUACUGACCCUGACCCUAUUGCCACACAUAAAGAGAGCACCGGUAGCCCGUAUAGUGAACGUGUCGUCAAGUAUGCACGCGAUCGGCAAAAUCUAUUUCGAUAACAUAAACCUCCGGAACGGCAAAUACACGCCAACCCGGGCUUACGGUCAGAGCAAACUGGCUGUAGUCCUGGGCACCCGAGAACUGGCUAAACGGUUGGGUAACAAUAGUACCGUUACGUGCUAUGUAUUAAAUCCCGGGGCCAUUAAGACUGAUUUGCAACGACACAGCGAUAUGAGUGAAAGCAUGAUGAAUAUGAUGUUUAUGAAGCCAGAUAUGGGCGCUCAGACCACAUUGUAUUGUACAUUGCAGGAGGAACUGGAUCACGAGUCGGGAUUUUACUACAACAAUUGUAAACGCGUGGAUAAAAUGGUAAAACAGGCGACGGAUGACGAAACCGCUAAUAUGUUGUGGGAAUUGACGUGCGAUUUGGUGGCACUGGAAGAUGCACUCAGAAUA